ACUUAAUUAUCUUAUGCCGGCUCCUCCUUUUUUUUUAUAAUUGAAUAGUUGCCAGCAGUUAAAUUUCACACAGAUAAAUUCAUACGGGUAGUUACGUCAAUCGAGUAAAAUGCUAUGAUAAAGAUAAAAAAAUAUACGCUUUACAGAUUCACAUGAGAAUUUUGAUUGUCUAAGUCAAUAAAAAUUUACCAGUACUAAGUGGAUAACAAAAGGAUUCGAUAUUGAAAAAUUAAGAACGGACGGAGAUAGAAGAUAGAAAAAUGAGAAUUCAAAUCUUUGGAUGACUGUCAGAAAAAAACAAGAGGAACAACAAUGUCUACGAGAUUAAAAAUACGGUGCGUCUCGGAGCAAGAUUUCGGAAGUACAGUGAAGCAGAUGAUAGACGGAGCUCUUGAAGACACAGAGCAACUGACAAAAUUAGAACGGGCGAUUUAUGAAGAAUGGUACUUUAAAAAAAUGGAUGAGAUCAGAGAGACAAAAAAUCAAGUUGAACAGUAUAAAAAGGAAUUGAAGAAUGAUUCACCAGAUUGUGUAGCAUGCCAUGAGAAUCAAUCAAACACAAAUUCAAGUGUACAUUGGAAACCUUCAGUAAUUGAUAAUGAAGUUCAUGAGCUUGAAGAAUUAAAUACACAAAAGUGUAUUAGUAAAAAUUUAAAUGAUUUUCCAACAUCUAAUCAAGCUGAACAGUUGUCUGAACUUAGUCACGACGAGUAUCUGAGAGAUAUUCAAAAAGAAGAAGACAGUGAAGCCAUAGCCGCCCCCGUCGUACAUACUAUACGUAGGAUUAAACCAAAUAAAAGAAUAACUAAAAUCGUGCGACUUUCUAAUACUUCUGAUACCGAUGUUCAUGACAAUGUUUCUGAAAAUUAUUUGGUACUACGAUUGAAGGAUUGCGUUAGAACUUCGACAAAUCUGACUGCGUCCCAUUCGACUGUAAGAACCUUAAACGAGCCUCUUGUAGAAAUUAAUGAAGAAAAAAAAAAAGAAUUGGCAACCUCCGAAAAUUCACAAAUUCAGGAAAGCCCUGAACUAAUUGAAGUGUGGAGGGGUCAAAUGAACGUGAAAAAUGAGACUGCAAACGAUCAAAAACUCAAGACUGAUAAAUCGAAAAAAAAGAGAACUAAUCGUACAGCUGUGGGAGAGGCAGCUUUUGAAAUAUGGAAAAGAGCGAAAAAUGCAAGAUACAGUCGAAUAUUCAAAGAGGAACAAAAAAUGAAGCAGUUAGAAAGAGUAGAAAAAUUAAACGAAGAGGAGAGAAAGAGAAAUGCAUACGAGACAUGCAGACGUGUGAGGAAGCAACGGGAUGAGCAACGUAAAUUAAAUUCUCUGAAAAAGAGAGUAAUGCAAGAAGUGAAAGAAGCAGCACAAAGGGAACUCCAUGCAAAAGAAAUUGCCAAUGCUCAGGCUUUCAAAUCAUGGAAGCGACAAAAGGAUGAUGAAUCAAAAAAAAGGCGAAUGAUGACAUACAACCAACAAUAUUAUCAACAACAGACACAGAUGACAAGGCAAAUUCAAGGAUUUGAUACAUUCAAUUUAUGGUUAAAUCAACUAGAUUGUGUUUUGCAUCAAAAAUAUUUACGGGAAAGACGUCAUCUUGUUCGUUCAUUUUAUUGUCAACCUGUCUAUUAUGGUUCUACAGCAAUUUCCACAUAAUAUUUGUGAUUC